ACGGCACCCAUAGCAUUUGCCUAUACUGCCUAUGCCCCGGGCCGGCCCUGUAGAUUAGGCAGGAUAGUGUAGUCCAGAUCUGGUGGUUUAAGAUGUCAGCGAGUGCAACGGGGUAGGAGUUGAGGAGGAGGAGAGCCCCCCCUGCCAGGGCCGCUGGCAACCACAGGCCACCAUGACGGAGUGGACCCUGCUCAAACGCCUCCUGGACGCCGUGCACCAGCACUCCACCAUGAUCGGCCGCCUGUGGCUCACCGUCAUGGUCAUCUUCCGGCUGCUCAUUGUCGCCGUGGCGACCGAGGACGUGUACGCCGACGAGCAGGAGAUGUUUGUGUGCAACACGCUGCAGCCGGGCUGCUCCACCGUGUGCUAUGACGCCUUCGCUCCCAUCUCGCAGCCGCGCUUCUGGGUCUUUCACAUCAUCAGCGUGUCCACGCCGUCGCUCUGCUUCAUCAUCUACACCUGGCACAACCUGUCCAAGCUGCCGCACAGCUCCAACCAGAGGCAGGGCCAGGGCCCCGUGGCUGGCCCGGGCCAGGGAGGCCCCGGUGGAGAGCAAGGCGACGGACGGGAGGUGUACGAUCGGAGCUGCGACUCCGACAGCUGCUCCAUCCGCUCCCAUAAGCAUCUAGACCCAAACAACAUGGCUCCCGUGAGCCACGACCGAGCCGACCCCUUCAGGGAGCGGGGUGCACAGGGUCCCGGGGCCACCGGCGGGGUUCUGUCCAAAUGCUACGUCUUCCACGUGUGCUUGCGGGCCAUCCUGGAGCUGGGCUUCGUCCUGGCCCAGUGGAAGCUGUUUGGCUUCUGGGUGCCCGUGCACUUCCUGUGCACAUCGGUGCCCUGCAGCCAGCCGGUGGACUGCUACGUCUCCCGGCCCACGGAGAAGACCAUCUUUCUGCUCUUCAUGUUCUGCGUGGGCGUUUUCUGCAUCCUGCUCAAUGUGCUGGAGCUCAACCACCUGGGCUGGAAGAAGAUCCGGCAGGUGGUGCGGCUGAGGGAGAGGGGGGCGUCCUGGGGAGGGUGUCCCGGUAUGAGGGGGGGAUAUGAAACCUUCCCUGCGGACAGCCCCUCUCCCACAUCCUCCCUAGGCUUUAGGGGCGUGACCAGCACCACCUCCCUGCCCACCCUGGACCUGGUGGUGGGCCACCGGGCCGACUGGAGCUGCGCUGCGCCCGGGGACACCGGCCCGGGGAAACCCAAGAGUCAGGACUCCCAGACAGGAGAGAGGCAGCCUCUGAAGAGUCAGAGAGCCGUCAGAGAGUCCAAACAGAGGAGCGCCGAGGUCUGGAUAUAGUCUUCAACCGCGCCGCUGC